AGGUACAAAUUUCUUCACUAGCCAGCUAGUUCUUUUUCUGCUCUCUUAGUAUUCUCUCCAUCAGCAAUAUUUUAUCAACCUCGCGAGCCCUUUGCCACUCCAAAGAAUAUACGCACAAUGGAAAAAAUAGAGCAAGCAAUACCCAUAAGCUUGAAUAAUGAUGACAAAAUUAACGACUUGACGUCCAGUCUGAACCCAAAAUCCAAAAAUUCAAGCACAUCACAGUCCGCUUUCUGGGCACUGUAUGCAAAGCAUUUUCAACCUGGCCUUUUCAGAAAGGUAAUUGCAGAGGUGGGGGCGACGUUUCUGCUAGUUUUCAUGACAUGCGCUGCAGCAGCUAUUAGUACAAGUGAUAACCGCAGAAUCUCACAAUUGGGAGCGUCAAUUGCUGGUGGUCUCAUUGUGACGGUGAUGAUCUAUUCCGUCGGCCACAUCUCCGGUGCUCACAUGAACCCUGCCGUCACCAUCGGUUUUGCCGCUUUUCUUCGUUUUCCCUGGAAACAGGUCCCGUUCUAUGCAUUAGCUCAAUUUACAGGAGCUACUGCAGCUGCGUUUACACUUCGAGGGCUGCUGGACCCAAUUCACAUUAUUGGCACCACAACACCUUCUGGUUCACAUGUCAAAGCUUUAGUUAUGGAGAUAGUCGUCACAUUUAACAUGAUGUUUAUUACCUCUGCUGUAGCUACCGAUACCAAAGCGGUAGGAGAGCUAGCAGGUCUGGCAGUCGGUUCAGCUGUGUGCAUAACAUCAAUUGUAGCUGGACCAGUAUCAGGUGGAUCAAUGAACCCGGCGAGGACACUGGGCCCAGCACUUGCCAGUGAAGAGUUCAAAGGGCUUUGGGUGUAUUUUGUGGGACCAGUUACUGGGACAUUGCUCGGCUCAUGGUUUUAUAAGAUCAUUCAGUUGAGUGAGCGCAAGCCCAUCAUUUCCCCCUCAUUUUCGCUUAGACUUCGUCGGAUGAUGAGCAAUAAUAUUCAUGUUGUUGAUGACAACAGAGAAUCAUCUGGCGGUUCCGUUUGAAAUUAUAUACAUAUAUAUAGAUAUAUAUAUAUAUAUAUAUAUGGUGUGGACUUUCUUAUACCUAGAGUAUUUCUGUUUUAAUUUUGUAUAUAUGUUUUGGCGUGCCCAGAGCUAUAGACAUCUGAGUGACAGCUUGUAUGUUAUAUGUCAUGUCGUGUUAUUAGCAAGUACUUUCGUUUAAAUUGUAUGUGUGAUAUAGAUCAUAUUGAGGACGACUGCAAUAAUAUUGUGUAAUAUACGGUUAUGCUAGUG